ACUGCGUUUUUCUGGUCUUGUGUCUCUUCCUUGUGUAGGUUAGAGUUUGUUUUCCUGGCGCCGUGGCACCAUUUAAGGUAUUUACCGACCACAAGAACCUCUUUUACAUCCGGGCAGCCCGAAGACUAAACUCUCGCCAGGCGCGUUGGGCCUUGUUCCUCACUCGGUUCAAUUUCACCAUCACUUACCGUCCUGGUUCCCGCGAUGUCAAGCCUGAUGAUCUGUCAAGGAUUUUCAGCCCUGCCCUGGUGGACCCAGCCCCGGACACGAUCAUUCCCCAGGCAAAGGUUUUGGGGCACUCCAGUGGCAAGUGGAGAGGAGGGUGGCCGAGGUUGGGCAGAAGACUGAGGUCCCCGCGGGUUGUCCUGCAGGUAUGCUGUUCGUCCCCCAGGAGCAGAGGGCUGAGGUUCUGCAAUGGGGCCACAGUUUGACCCGGGAGUCAACCGCACUCUGUUUGUCAUUUCACAAAAGUUUUGGUGGGCGGGAGUGAAGUGAGACAUUUGUGAAUUUGUGAUGGCCUGUGCUGUCUGUGCCCGCAACAAGGCCUCCCAUCAUGCUCCGUCGAGGUUACUGCUUCCAGUGCCCGUCCCGUCCCACCCUUGGUCCCAUAUUGCCCUGGACUUUAUCACCGGACUUCCUGUGUCAGGCGGCAAGACAGUGGUUCUGAGUGUGGUGGACAGAUAUGGUCUCUGACAGGGGGCCCCAGUUUGUGUCUGGAGUUUGGAAGGCUUUCUGCAAGGCGACGGGAGCUUCUGCCAGUCUGUCGUCCGGGUACCAUCCCCAGUCCAACGGCCAGACCGAGCGGGCGAACCAGGACCUGGAAAUGGAGCUGAGAUGCGUCUGUCACCAGCAUCCUUUCGUCUUGGUCCUUCCACCUCCCUUGGGAGCAAUAUGACCGCAAAACUCUCGUCAGCUCGGCUACAGAUUCUCAUCCCUCCCAACCUAUUGCGGAAAUGUGCGCGAGGAGGACAGCGGAGUACGAGGAGGAACUUCGGGGCCCGAAAGAGGAGGAGGAGCCAAAAGGUCAACGACCGGUCGCCGCGUUCGAUCUGCGGCCUCCGACUGUGCCGCGCGGAGCAGACAUCACUGAAGAUCUUCGUACUGAGCGGCAGGAGGCAGAGCCCCCUCACAUUAAAGAGGAAGUGGAGAACGAAGAGGUCCACCAGAUCAAAGAGGAAGAGGAGCCCAUUUCGAUUAACAAAGAAGAGGAACAAGCGUGGCCCCGCAUCAAACGGGAAGAGGAGGAGAGCAGCAAGUUUCCAUCGACUGGUGUCCCUUUGAAGAGUGAAGAUGAUGGUCAAAGUGAGGAGAGAAGAGGGGCGGAGCCUCCAAGCAGCAGCUCAAGUCGACACAUGGCAACAGAAGGUGAUGGAGAAGACCACUGUGGAGGAUCAGAAGCAGACGGACUCUUAGCUCCACUGUCAGAUGGCGACGACGUGACGUCACACUCUCCUCACACUGAUGAUGACGACAACAAACAAUGGAAAUGUUCUCAGUGUGGGAAAAGAUUUGCUUAUAAGUAUAUUUUGAAACAACAUGUGAGAACCCACACUGGUGAGAAACCUUUUUCCUGCUCAGUUUGUGGUCAAAGAUUCCGUCAUAAGAACACCUUAAUAAUACACAUAAGAACCCACACUGGUGAGAAACCGUUUUCCUGCUCAGUUUGCGGUCAAAGGUUCUCUGAGAAUGGACACUUAAAAAUACACACCAGAACCCACACUGGUGAAAAACCUUUUUCCUGCUCAGUUUGUGGUCAAAGAUUCCCUCAUAAGGGAACCUUGAAAAUACACACCAGAACCCACACUGGUGAAAAACCUUAUUCCUGCUCAGUUUGUGGUCAAAGAUUCCGUCAUAAGAAAUCCUUAACAAUACACACAAGAACCCACACUGGUGAGAAACCCUUUGCCUGCCCAGAGUGUGGUCAAAGGUUCUCCGCAAAGGGAAGCUUAAAAAUGCAUGCAAGAACCCACACUGGAGAGAGAGCUUUUGCCUGUUCAGAUUGUGGUAAAACAUUCACUCGGAAGGGAAGUUUAAAAAAACACACAAGAACCCACACCGGUGAGAAACCUUUUUCCUGCUCAGUUUGUGGUAGAAGAUUCACUCGGAAGGAAUAUUUAAAACAACACACAAGAACCCACACCGGUGAGAAGCCUUUUUCCUGCUCAGUUUGUAGUAGAAGAUUCACUCACAAUGAAUAUUUGAAACAACACACAAGAACCCACACUGGUGAGAAACCUUUUUCCUGCUCAGUUUGUGAUAAAAGAUUCACUCAGAAGGGAGAUUUAAUAAAACACACAAGAACACAUACCGGUGAGAAACGUUAUUCCUGCUCAGUUUGUGGUCAGAGAUUCUCUCAUAAGGAUGGGGUUAAGACACACACGUGUGCUGGCGAGCGCAGCAGUGAUCAAUAAGCUUUUAAUGAAAACGUAAAUGUUUUAUAUAAAAAAGUAAUUCCUAUUUUACAGACUUCCCAAAAUCUCCAUUCUUGUGUUCUGUGUACCAGCUUUUUCAGAAUCAGAAUCAUCUUUAUUGGCCAAGUAUGUCCAAGAAAACACACAAGGAAUUUGUCUCCGGUAGUUGGAGCCGCUCUUGUACGACAACAGACGGUCGAUUGACAGAGAACACUUUGGAGACAGAAAGACAUUGACAAAAAAAAAAAACAGUCACUGAGCAGUAAAGGGUAUCUAUCUUGUAUCUUGUAUCUAUCUUGUUGUCCAUAUUUUCUAAAAGCCUCCCGCGGGCAAGUGUUGAGAAUUAGCACUGUUGCCAAAAUACUUAAAAGGAGUAGUUAAUGGUGAGAACAUGGGCACCUAUUCCACAGUUCUGGACUCACAAAUGUCUGUCUGUCUCAGAUUUUGCCCCCCCCACAUUUAUGUGUCACAGCCUGACACAUAAGCAGGCGCCGUUUCCCUUUCCUCAUUGAACGUCAAUGCUUUCCACGGUGUCCGUUUUGCCCGUAUUAGAGUGUCUGUGUGUAUUUUGUAGACAAUAAUAAGUGAAAAUAGUGACAGUGAAUAUAUAUUUGUAAAACUUGUCUAAAAAAAAAAUGCAGCGUUGAAAUGCCUCCUUGAGGAAAGAAGACAGCCACGUCAUCCCACAUGAUGUAAAUUUUGCAGAUUCAUUUCCUCAUACGUCAGCUCAAUUUUGAAUUGGUUGCACCACAUAACGUAUAGUAUACGUCUAUAUGUGUGAAAAGAUCAAAUGUAUGUAUAGAUCACAAAGACGUUUCUGUAGGCGGCAUUGUGUGACAGACGUGGACUUUGGCUGGCUGUCAUAACGUCAGGUGACCCAUGACGAGGGUCUCCCGGCGAAACCCUUUACGUCGCCUAAUGUCCCAAAAGUGCAGCUGCUCCGAUUUGAUCUUAUCUGAUCCGUAAAAUCUCAAAUAUUGGGCCGAUCAUUGUAAUCGUUCCAGAGGUUCCAUGAGUCAAGAUGUCCUCAUAAAUUGUGGUGAUGAUUGACAGUUUUGGGACAUUAAGCCACGUUUCGUAGGUUCAUGCGUGACACUUGCAAGGAUCUGGCACUCGCCCGCUGUGUAUGAUUUUAAUGAUGACACCCUAAUAAAUUUGUGAUUUUUCACCACAUUAAAUGCAUGAUUGAACAUAAUUUUGGGGUACUAGCUGUUGUUCUUGUGAUAUAUGACAGAAAUUAAAGACAGAAUACACAGACAGAUAUUUUAUAUGGCAUAAUCUGCAGUUUGAAUAAACCGUUACUCGAUCAGAAUCUGCCGAGUAAAUCUAACGUUUGUGUGUCUUACAAAUGAACUCUUUGACCCCUCUUUCAAAUGAGGCCCCACGUGUGAAAAAUCUGCUCGACAAAAACAGGAAUAAUUUUGGUUCAAAAUGUCUGCCAGUAUCCGUUUGCAUUGCCAACAGAUGGUUCACUUUUGAGGACUCGUUGCCUCAAAAUCGUCUCGAGUUUUUCCACCCGUUUCACACUCGACACCAGACCCGGGGAAUCGAUGGUAUGCGUAUGACGUGACCGCAGACGGAUGUCCAAAUGUUUGGAGAUCUGUAUUCAAGCCAACCAUUUUUUCUUUGAGGUUCUACAUCAAAGGACUUCCUUCAGCCAUUUGUACGUUUAUUCGGGUUUUCCUUCUCCGCCCAGACAGCAACCUGUCUUGGGUUCACAACAGGCGUCCCGGUCUGCAAAGAGGACUGUUUUGCAUCUGAUAAGAUAAGGGUACCGGGUGUGAGCUUAGCUAGACUGUGAGGCGCCAGCAGGCGGGUGGGGUUCCAAAUAUGGUCAGGAGGAACGGCCAUCUUCCGGGUGCUCACAGGGAUCUAUUAUACCAGGAGAUUGAGGAGCUCAAAACCAUUUUGGAGUUCACGCACCAACAAGUAAGAGUGCUAAAAGAAGACAAUGCUGGACUUCAGUCAGCCAUGAAAGCGAUGACAACGGAGGUAGAAGUUCUCAAGAAAGAAAACAACAACAACCAAUUCGAGAAGCGAUGCUGGACUUAAAAACCUCAUCUUUUCUGGAAUUUCCAAGAGUACACACGAUAAUCCAGAGGCUCAACAAAAAAAAACUUCGUCGACAGCGCUGAAAAUCCCGAGGGAGACAACGUCACCUUCCACCGAGUACACAGGCUCGGAGGACCGUGAGCAAUCAUCCAAUCAUCGCCAAAUGUGAACAUUUCCAGCAGAAAGUCUUUGUCUGAAAGUCUCACUGGUUGUGGACAAACUAAACAUCCAUCCAUCCAUUUUCAACACUGCUUAUCCUGGUUAGGGUCACGGGGCGCUGGAGCCUAUCCCAGCUGACUUCGGGCGAAAGGCGGACCACGCCCCGAACUGGUCGCCAGUCAGUCGCAGGGCACAUGUAGACACGGACGACCAUUCGCACUCACAUUCACACCGUCACUGAGUGGGAACUGAACCCACGCUGCCCGCACCAAAGUCAGGCGAGUGGACCACGACACCAUCAGUGACUCAAACUAUACAUGGACGUUCAAAUGUUCCGCAAUUCCAAAGUCACCCCUUGGCUCUUCUAAUAGAUGAGUAUUCUUUUGUUUUGUUUUUGAAUUUA